AUGGUCUUCAGAUAUCUGGUCUCGCUUGGUGACGGCAUGGGCAGUUUCGCCAAGUGUGGUGACGAGCUGACGCAAACAGUUGAAAACGCCAUGGAACCGAAGGGAGAUGGCAGGUUCUCCGUUACAAAUCUCAAUGGCGGACUCUACCCAUCCCUGGUUUAUGUCUACCAACAGGGUAACGACAUCAGCUUUGUAUGCAUCCUCACUGCCGAAGGCAAGCUCAGUAUUGUCCCUGUCUACAACACAGGCCAGCCGACAGAUCUUCUGUCAUCGUCCAACGACUCAAUGGGCCUUGUCACUGCCUUUUCGUACGGUUGUCUCACAGACCCGGACGUUUAUGAUUCUGGCGUUGACUGGAGAAACUAUCCACCUACCGAUCCUGGAAACUAUGUUGUCAAGGGCGCUCCCAAUUAUGUUGUCACGUCCCUCGAACACACCAACGACUCAGCCACAAACUCGUUGGCCUUCGAGGUCAAUAUGGCAAAGACGUAUCGUCAAGUUCUUGUAAACAGUCAAGGAAGAGGCUGGUUGGGCUUUGAGUCCAUCACGACUCACAACAUCGUUGAUGACAUUUGGACAACCGAGCACUACUUCCAGACUUUCCCAAAGAUCGGGCUCAAGUCUAAAAUUGACACGCUGAAUUCAGACCCUAAAGUAGAUCCUCAACAGUCCCCGUUGUCAUCCCAAAAGACAGACUACGAUACUCCCUUGUCUCAGCAGAAUGGAUGUGACAUCUAUCAUGUCGACAAGCUAUUCGACAAGCUCGAGACAGAGGGGGAACAGUGCCGGGUGCAGAUGACCCAAUUCACCUACGACGACAAUGGAAACGUCAUCACCAAAUAUGUUUCAGAACAUCAGCAAGGCCAGAUUAUCUUCCAGUCUUGGCAGAACUGUUCUGACACAUCUAUCCGAGGUAUCACGAGUCUCAUGACGGCUAUGAAGCUCUCUUCGGUUGAAACCAAUCGGGACUUGACUGCGUUUCAACAAUGA